AUGGGCUCCAAGGGCUUCUCUGUCAACAACCAGGGAUACCUCAACUUCAAUAACCAGCAGUUCCCUGCUUGCAAUGCUGGCAACAACGUGUGGGAGAUUCUAUUGCCGCCGAGAGCGCUGCUUCCGGAUGCAACAACAGUCAGACCAUCAAUCCGAGUUGAGCAGGCUCCGCGACAGCAGCUGGGCCAGGACAAGCAUCAGCAGCUGGCUCGACCUGAGCAGAAAGGUCAGAGUUAG